GGUGCAUUUGCUACUCUGGUCAGAGUUGUGACCUCUGGACCAAACACACAUGUCUCUAAGCUUGUACUGAAGAUGAAUGAACAAUCAGCUGUAAGGAAUUCAUCAUCAGACAACCUUGUGUACAUAGACAGAGCUGAGGAGAACCUGAAGCAGAAAGGAGUUUUUCGCAGAGAGUUCCCCAUCAAGCUGGCGUUUGCAUGUACCAUUCACAAGGUUCAGGGUAUGACCACUAACUCAGCUGUGGUGUCACUGAAGCAUGUGUUUGAAGCUGGCAUGGCUUAUGUUGCUCUCAGCAGGUUGACCUCUCUCAGUGGACUACAUCUUCUAGACAUGGAUGAGAGGAAAAUCUACGCCAACCCAGAAAUCACUGCUGCUCUGGAAACCAUGAGACAAGUCAGCUUGAAGGACAUGAUGCCUCUUCUUAAAAUAAGCCCUUUACUGAGCAGACAUGACACUCUGACCAUUGUCCACCAUAACACAGAAGCAGAGAGUCUCCAUCUAGAUGGCUACAAAAUGUUCAAGAGGAACAGGCACCUGUCAUACACACAGUUUCCACACAUGGCAAGCAGAGGUGGGGGUGGAGUGGCUGUUUAUGUUGAAGCUCCACUGCCUGCACUGAUUGCAGCUGUCUACAGACCUCCUGACUACAGCCUAACAUCCUUCUUAUCCAACCUAAGGAGUCUUCUGGAUGCACUUGAGAUCAUUGACUGUCAUCCCAUCAUUGUCUGUGGUGAUUUUAAUGAGAAUCUUAUGUCUUCUGACAACAAGCCAAUACUGGAGCUGUUCAGGUCUAGAGGAUAUGACAAAGUGGUCACUGAUGCUACCACAGAAAAGAACACACUGCUGGACCACAUCUUCAUCUUACGACCAAACCAGUGUCUUCACAGUGGUGUGAUGAGAACGUACUACAGCUACCAUGACCCUGUGUUCUGUGUGCUGUCCUCAUGAUAAGGUCAGGUGAGUUGCACAGUAACAUCUAUCUGCUUAACAUGGAAAAAAUAACUGCAUAACACAGAGUGUUAAUACAAACAUAAGAGUGACUAACAUAAAAUGAUUAAGUAGAAUAAAUCAUGUCGUUGUUUACAAAAAUGUAUGUAAAAAUAUUCAAUUAUAUAGUUAAAACAUACAAAUAAAGCAAGGUAAUUGCAUCAAACACUAACUAGUGGAUCCUCUGUGGAUCCUGGCUCCACAACCAGGCUCUGGAAACUUGAAAUCACUGCUUUAUUCAAGUGACCAGUUACACUUGUUUGGUUCUAACAGAAUAUGAAUGUUCUUUGUUCUCGUUGUUACAACGACGCGUAACUGAUUAACUGUUACUUAGUGUUAAUGUCUUUAUAUUUAAGUUCCUGAAGGUAAAUAAAAUUCACUGAUCUAAUGUUGUCUAUUAAGGUUCCCAUAAUAUUUUAAAACUAAACAUAUGUGUUAGUCUAAUAAUGGAGGUUUACAACGUAUUUAGUAACAUAUUUGGUUUGGUUCUUUUUCAUUAGGUUUAUAUUGUUGAUAUUUUCUCUUUCUGGGAUGGUAAAUGCACAGGCCAAUAGUGUGUUAGCAGCUGUUGUACAUAGCUGCCAACACACGUUUACAUUGACUAUGUGUUAGUGUAACACAUAGUCCCCCCCAGCUAAAACCCCACUUUGUUUGUUUUAUAUUGUUUUCCUUUGGCAAAUCCAGUUUUCAUUAUUUGUCUUCUAAAUAAUUGUUAUUACACUAUAUUGUCAAAACUUUUAGAACCCUUGAAACCCUUGAUCAGGCAUGAAUUCCCAUACUUUGAUGUGGAGGAGCUUGACUGACAUUAGUCCUGACUUCCACCUGAUAUAACAUUUUUAGGAUGGUUAGAGUGGAGACUGUGAGCCAGGUUUUCUCCAAAAUUAUAACCUGACCUCAUGGAUGUUCUUCUAGAGCAAUGGAAGAGGCCUUUUUUUGCCACUCCUGUAUAACACAAUAGAACUCAGAACAGUAUCUGAAUGGUUUCCUUUUUAAUAUUUGAUGUUUAUGUUUUCCAAUGCAAAGUAUUUUGGGUAUAUUUAUGGUUCCUGUUUUGUUUUAGAUUUAUUAGACAUUAUUUUUUAAAUGUUUCUUCUUUCUUUUUUCAAACAAUGUUAUGAAUACAUAUAUGUUUUAAAAUUUUAAUGGUAAGUUUAUGGCCCCACAUUGGAACAAUACUGUACGAGAACAGUCUACAACUUUGUGAUCAGUGAAAUCUAAAUUUUACUCUCAUCUUCUUAACAUGUAAUUUUUGAUACAUGUUGAUUGUUCAUCGGCUCAGUCUCCGUUGUGCACUGUGUUUUAUCAAAACCAUCAAAGAAAGAAGAACAUAAAGAUCUCUUAAUUAUUUAUUUAUUUAUUAGUUAGUUAGUUAGUUUGAUUUCUUAUUAAAAUAUGUCUUGGUGUGUACUGGGUGUGCAGACAAUUAACUCAUGACAAAAACACAAGUUAUCAUGUAACUUUAUUUCAGAUACCUAUCAGCUGACACAUGAAUGUCUAUCCCACCUCCAAGGCUGUACGUGGACAUGCUGUAAUAUUAGAUCUGUUUCCUUGGAGAGAAGAUUUGAUGAUGAUUCUCGUAUGUUUUCUGUGAUGACAUUUGCAUGUUACAAACACCCAAGACCAGAAAAAACGGAACCCACAAGCAGUAACAGGUGAGGAUGGCAGAAUACCAAACGAUUUUUAAUAUUACUACACAAAACAAAGGAUCACUACAGAGUAGGAAAAAGGUUCAUCAACUAAACUGAGGAGCACUGCGAAGCAGGACCAAACAAACUAGACAGAGGAAUGAUACCAAACAGAAGUAACUUCCAAACAAAAUCAGGACACAAUAGGUUGUUGCACUGAGUAGGCAAAAUAUAACAAAGAGUAACAAGGCUUUCACACACUACAGAGUCAGGCUCUACAUCGCUCUACAAACGUAGCCAAAUUUAGGAGUAACAGGGCUGUUCACAAUCCAAACUAAACAAAAAAAACAACUGUCAUACAUGAAGCCAGAUGCAAACAGAGAGUCCACCAUGACACACUGACAACUGGAGGAGUCUUCAUCCUCCACUUAAAUAGUCCCCCAGUUAAUGAUGUUCCCGGAAGGAAACAGCUGCUCAAUGCCGCCCUCUGAGGUUGGGAGGAGACUCACAACAUUGCAUCCUUUGCCUCAACUGCUCCAGGACUGUGACAAUCACGUUACAAUAACUAAGACAUCAUGUUGCAGCAGACCACAUUGCAGCACCAAAGAAGUGACUCUGCUGGACCACACAGAUGAAUGCUGUACCACCUGCUGAUCCUUUUAGUUCUUCAAAAGACAGUAUGAUUCCUACCAAACUUAGCCUCACCUUCCUUUUUCCUCUGGGACAAACGAUAAACCACACCGACCACAGCUGACCUGCCAAUCAACAGCAGACAUUAGUGAUGUGUCGUUCGUGAACGAUUCGUUCAAUAUGAACUAAUCUUUUAUGUGACUCGGGAGGAACGGGUUGUAGCAAUCCACGUCUGGACUGAGGUAACCUGACCUACAUGUGAACUUACAGUAACUCCCUCCUUUGAAGAGCCUCUACGUCCUCUCCAGUCCCCAGAGAUAAGGGACCCUGAACCUUUCUCCACCACAGGAGGCUGGUUUCUAUCAUAACAGGCACCAAUUAGCGCCAACAUCUCAAAUGUCCACAUCAAAGAACCACGAGUCCACUUUGUUGAUCUACCUGUAAAUCUCACAGGAUUCCACCUCUGCUUAUCAUGCCAAAAGGACAGGCUGUCACAUUUAUCACUGAGAAGCUGCCUCUCCUAGAACUGGGACCACCAGCCAUAAAAUGUGGAAUGUGCUCAUCAAGACAACGAGAGACUUCAUUUGGACACAGGUUCUGGUUCAGAUGCACCAGAACUUUCAACUUCCAUUAAACUGAAACCAUUGUAUUUUGUGGACAAAAUGUUUUCAUUUGGUAUUAGAUUGGUUUCUGUGUGAUGUUUAAUGCCUGAUCUACAGAUUUGCCAGGAAAUUCCUAAAGUCACAAAGGGACUCCAACUUAUCACCACGCUUUCCUUUGUGUGAAGGCACAAAGUUGAAAUACAGAUACUCACCUUCUUUACUUAUUUUAAUCUGUGCCUCAUACACAUAGACUAUGUCCACCAGCUACAAUUAUGUAUCCUCAUUAUUGUAUAACAUUUUUAAGUGUUACAAUUGUUUAAUUAGUAAUAUCCAGAUUAGGUCAUUUAUAAUUUGAUUUUACUUGCAUUUAUUAUUCGUGUAUGUUUUAGUGUUUACUGGGUGUUGCAUUAGACAAGACCAGUCAUGAUAAAUAACAUUACAUUUGUUACAGCGUUGUAAGGGACCACGUAUAAGACCUUAAUAUUCUAUGCAUUUAAUAUUGCUGUUUAACCAUUCUGACUUCUCUGCUUAUUUGAGUGUCAAAGUGAUCAUUACAUGUUUAUUGUGUUAUGGUGUGAUGGAACUUUGAGCGUGAUGAAAAGAGGAAAGCUUAGCUAUCCCAGAUUUGGGAGCGAUCCAAAUCAAAUAGUUUGAUUCCUGGUCUGAAGAGGUGGAACUCUUCACCACUGGUUGAACUAAAUUCUCCGCCCUGCAGUGACCACUGCCCCAGGGGUAUUUAAACCAGUGACACCCUAGGCGAAUCGAAUUUCCCUCUAUCUUCAAACUUCUUUGACCUUUUCUUUUUGCGUCGCAUUACUUUUCUUUAAUUUUCCUUUGUUCUUAAAUUUUGUAAACCUAAGUUAAACUUAGAAACACGAAUAAACAACGAUUUUUAUUACGUUAGAAAGUCAUCAAGAAACUCAGCGAAACUGAAACUCACAACCAGUCCUUAAUUGAGGAAUUGUGGAAUACCUUCAAAGUCCAGCCUGGCUGACUGUUACUUUGCUGACCCCGAGCCGUCAUCAUCACCGCGGGUGACGAUUCCUGGCCCAGAGGCCGUGGCACCUGGACCAGAGAGGGCACGUCUGCUCAACCAACCAGUAGCGGGAGACGCUGCACAGCGGCUACAGCUCCAAACUAAGGCAAGACGAACAUCUCUAAUCCUCUGAGAAUUCUGGUGUUUCUCAAACUUCUAAAAUUGAACAUUUCAAAUUGAUUAGUUAUCCUUAGAUUCGAAUUAGUUAGAGACAAAUACUCUUUUCGCUUGAUCAAAGCCAUCACACACUUGACCAUUCUUUGUGUUUUCACUCAUUGAUUCAUUCACUGUUCAUCAUUUCAUUCUGAUCGUUCUCUCAUUUUCUAUU